AUGUCUGAACAGGAGCCUCAGCGUAUCCCUGUUCGAGAGCGUCGCCCCUCGUUGGGCGCUCCGAUCGUCGACAUCCAGGGCGCCGUCAGCCCCGAGGGGAUGUCACGCCCGAAGCAUAGAAGAACAUUGACUGGUCUAGGUGCUAGUGAGAUAAAGAGUGUCGUCGGUCGUGUGUGUCCGUGCACAAUAGCCUCGAUCCCUGAACCACAGCGCGAGGCCUGGAAGCGUGCUCAAUCGACCGGAUUCCAUGACAAGGAGGCCUUUGAGAAGAAGGUCGUCGGCCAUGUCGAGACCACGCUCGCCCGCAGCAUGUUCAAUUGCGAUGAGAAGGCCGCCUACUCGGCCACCAGCUUGGCGUUCCGCGACAACCUCGUCCUCGAGUGGAACCGCACGCAGCAGCGCCAGACGUACGCCGACACCAAGCGCGUGUACUAUCUCAGUCUCGAGUUCCUCAUGGGCCGCGCGCUGGACAACGCCAUGCUCAAUGUCGGGCUCAAGGAUACUGCGCAGGCCGGUCUCUCUGAGCUCGGUUUCCGCAUCGAAGAUGUCAUCGGCCAAGAGCACGAUGCUGCUCUGGGGAACGGCGGCCUCGGUCGGCUGGCUGCCUGCUUCCUCGACAGCUUGGCCUCGCUCGACUACCCUGCCUGGGGAUACGGUCUGCGCUACCGCUACGGAAUCUUCAAGCAGGAGAUCAUCGACGGCUACCAGGUCGAGGUGCCAGACUACUGGCUCGACUUCAACCCCUGGGAGUAUCCCCGUCAUGAUGUGACUGUCGAUGUGAGUCUCCGUCGAGCAUGCCGUAUCCAAUUCUUUGGAAACGUUCGCAAAGAGACAGACAAGGACGGCAAGACGCAGCCCAUCUGGGAGGGGGGCGAGGUCGUCACGGCGAUUGCCUACGACGUCCCCAUCCCGGGAUACGGCACGCCGACGACCAACAACCUCCGUCUGUGGUCGAGCAAGGCCUCGGGAGGCGAGUUUGACUUUCAAAAGUUCAACAGCGGCGACUACGAGAGCUCCGUGGCGGAGCAGCAGCGGGCCGAGACCAUCAGCAACGUGCUGUACCCCAACGACAACCUCGAGAGGGGCAAGGAGCUGCGGCUGAAGCAGCAGUACUUCUGGGUGGCGGCGUCGCUGUACGACAUUGUGCGGCGGUUCAAGAAGACGAACCGGCCGUGGAAGGAGUUCCCGGACCAGGUGGCCAUCCAGCUCAACGACACGCACCCGACGCUGGCAGUCGUCGAGCUGCAGCGCAUCCUGACGGACAUCGAGGGUCUGGAGUGGGACGUGGCGUGGGGCAUCGUGACGAACACGUUCGGCUACACCAACCACACGGUGCUGCCCGAGGCGCUGGAGAAGUGGCCGGUCGGGCUGGUGCAGCACCUGCUGCCGCGACACCUGCAGAUCAUCUACGACAUCAACCUCUUCUUCCUGCAGCAGGUGGAGAAGGCGUUCCCGGACGACCGCGACAUUCUCCGGCGCGUGUCCAUCAUCGAGGAGUCGCAGCCCAAGAUGGUGCGGAUGGCGUACCUGGCCAUCGUGGGGUCGCACAAGGUCAACGGCGUGGCGGAGCUGCACUCGGAGCUGCUCCGGACGACGCUGUUCCAGGACUUUGUCAAGAUAUACGGGCCGGACAAGUUCAUGAACGUGACCAACGGCGUGACGCCCCGGCGCUGGCUGCACCAGGCCAACCCGCGGCUCUCGGAGCUGAUCGCCUCCAAGAUUGGCGGCCACGGCUUCCUCAAGGACCUGACCAAGCUGUCCGGCCUGGAGCCCCUGGCGGAGGACCCGGCCUUCCGCAAGCAGUGGUCCGAGAUCAAGCACGCCAACAAGGUGCGCCUGGCCGCGCACAUACGCGAAACGACUGGCGUCGAGGUCAACCCCUCGGCCCUCUUCGACAUCCAGGUCAAGCGCAUCCACGAGUACAAGAGGCAGCAGCUCAACAUCUUUGGCGUCAUCCACCGCUACCUCAAGCUCAAGGCCAUGAGCCCCGAGGACCGCGCGAAGCAGCAGCCCCGCGUGUCCGUCUUCGGCGGCAAGGCCGCCCCCGGCUACUGGAUGGCCAAGCAGAUCAUCCACCUCAUCAACACGGCCGGUGCCGUCAUCAACCAGGACGAGGAGAUUGGCGACCUGCUCAAGGUGAUCUUUGUCGAGGACUACAACGUCAGCAAGGCCGAGAUUAUCUGUCCCGCCUCGGAUAUCUCUGAGCACAUCUCGACUGCAGGAACGGAGGGAUCCGGUACGAGCAACAUGAAGUUUGUCCUCAACGGAGGCUUGAUUAUCGGAACAUGUGAUGGUGCCAACAUUGAAAUCACGCGGGAGAUUGGCGAGAAGAACAUCUUCCUCUUUGGCAACCUGGCCGAAGACGUCGAGGACCUCCGACACGCGCACACGUACGGCACGCACAAGAUCGACGCAGACCUGGACGCCGUGUUCCGGGAGAUUGAGAAGGGCACGUUCGGGCGUCCCGACGACUUCAACGCGCUCAUCUCGGCCGUCAGGGACCACGGAGACUACUAUCUCGUCUCGGACGACUUCCACAGCUACAUCGAGACACACAGACUUGUGGACGAGGCGUACGCCGAUCAGGACGCCUGGGUGACCAAGGGGAUCCUGUCGGUGGCGAGGAUGGGCUUCUUCAGCAGCGACAGGUGCAUCAACGAGUAUGCUGACUCGAUCUGGAACGUUGAGCCUCUGCUUGUCAAAGAGUGA